AUGAUGGCUUCACCUCACUUGAUUAAGUUGAAAAGAGAAAAGAUAGUUUCGAAUCGGGUGGUUUCGGAGCAUCUUUCGAUGAAUGGGGCAUAUCGGGGAUUGACCACUCUUGAUCUUCUAGGAAAGCUUGAUGUUGUGGAUUCAAAUGGGUCAUGUGCUGUACAAAUUCUGGCCCUUUUUGGCAAGCUAAAUGUUCUUGAUGCCGAUAAAGUUUCAAACUGUAUUCUAACUGCAUUGAUUGCUGAUUGUCUCCUUCAAAACUACAUUUCUCUUGAAUAUCCGGGAUUGAAAGCCAUCGAUCCAGCUUAUGCUUUGCCUGCUGAUGUUUUGAAAAGAGAAAAGAUAGUUUCGAAUCGGGUGGUUUCGGAGCAUCUUUCGAUGAAUGGGGCAUAUCGGGGAUUGACCACUCUUGAUCUUCUAGGAAAGCUUGAUGUUGUGGAUUCAAAUGGGUCAUGGCUAUGCGUAAUAAACUUGGUAUUAUUGCCUAGUCAUGCUGAUAGAAAGUAUUGCACCAAAACCGUAGAAGAACUAGUUGAAAGCACCCAAAUGGUGUUGAGAAAACCUUCUGACCCAGUUUCUACUUUGAAUUUAAUCGAUACAAUUCAACGGCUAGGCAUUUCGCAUCAUUUUGAAGAAGAAAUUGACACACAACUUGAAAGGUUUUCUGAUUGGAAUUCAAGAGAAGAUCUCUUUGUCACUGCUCUUCGUUUCAGGUUGUUGAGACAUAAUGGCAAGCCUGCCAAUGCAGAUGUUUUUCAAAAAUUUAUCAGCAGGGAAGGGAAACUGAUAGAAUUCCUGGCUGAAGACAGAUGGGGCAUGUUAAGUUUACAUGAGGCAUCAUAUUUGGCCACAAAGAAUGAAGAAAUGUUAUUGCAAGCCAUGAACUUCACCAGGACAAGUCUGCAACAACUAAUGCCUUUUAUGAAUUCAAACUCAAGAAACUAUGUAGCUCAAGCCCUGAAACUUCCAAGGCAUUUGAGGAUGGCAAGGCUGGAAGCUAGAAACUACAUCAACUGUUAUAGCAGAGAAAGCAACUUUAAUCCAGAUCUUUUUCAACUAGCAAGUUUAGAUUUUAAUAUGGUUCAGCAACAGCACAACACUGAGUUGACUGAGAUAAUCAGUUAUGGUUCUCUAGAUGACCUUAUUCUGUUCACCGACGCGAUUCGAAG